AUGGACAUCCUCCGUACCAGCACCGCUGGAAAACUGCUGCGAUGGAUCACCCGAGACAAGGUCCUGCUCUACCCUGAGGAGCGUCCGGGGUUCCAAUGCCCGCGAUGCUAUGCUGACACCGCGGCGCCCACGAGACUGUUCACCCACGAGGCCGACGGCGAGCAGGGCUCGAAGCCCGAAUCCGGGGUGGAUGAACACGGUUCGCCCGCAGCAGACGAUGCAUCGUCCAAGCCCAUCGCGCCUACAAAAACCGCGGACGGAACAAUCCUCGUCGACUGGUACACGACCCACGACCCGGACAACCCGCAGAACUGGUCGUCGGGCAGGAAACUCUUCGUGGUGUUCCAGAUCUACUUCUACACCCUGGCCGUCUACAUGGGCUCGUCGAUCUACACCCCCGGCACCCCCCAGAUCCAGGCCCGCUUCGGCGUGUCCCCCACCGCUGCAUCCCUCGGCCUAGCCCUAUAUGUCCUGGGCUACGGCGUCGGCCCUUUGCUUUUCUCCCCGCUGAGCGAGAUCCCCAGCGUCGGACGCAACCCGCCGUAUGUCCUCACCUUCGCCAUCUUCAUCCUAUUCACUAUCGGCGCAGCCACCGUCAACACCUUCGGCGGCCUGCUCGUCCUGCGCUUCCUGCAGGGCUUCUUCGGCAGCCCCUGCCUGGCCACCGGUGGCGCCAGCAUCGGCGACGUAUACAGCCUACUGAAGCUCCCAUAUGGCCUGACCACCUGGGCAGCAUUCGCCACCCUCGGCCCGGCCCUGGGACCCGUCAUCUCGGGCUUCAGCGUCCCCGUCCAAGGCUGGCGCUGGUCAAUGUGGGAGACCGCGUGGAUGUCGGCCCCGAUCCUGGUGAUCAUGUUCCUCUUCCUCCCCGAGACCUUCCCCGACGCGAUCCUGCUCCAACGCGCGCGCCGUCUCCGACAUCUCACCAGCAACCCGAAACUGAUGUCCCAAUCCGAGAUCAACCAGAAACAACUCACCGUGACCGCCGUCGCCAUGGAAGCCCUAUACCGACCGUUCCAGAUCGUCGUCCUCGACCCGGCCAUCCUCUUCGCAAACGUCUACACCAGCCUGAUCUACGGGAUCUACUACUCCUUCUUCGAGGUCUUCCCGAUCGUCUACAUCGACAUGUACCACUUCAACCUGGGCCAGAUGGGGCUCGUCUUCCUCAGCAUCGCGGUGGCCCUCGCCCUCGCCGUCCCAGGCUACUUCAUCUACCUGUAUACGGUCUUCGAGCCCGAGAUCCGUCUCCGCGGUCUCGGCACCCCCGAACGACGGCUCAUCCCGGCCCUGUUCGCGUCGUUUCUCCCGCCCAUCGGCCUCUUCCUGUUCGGCUGGACCUCCCGUCCGGCCGUGUACUGGAUCGUCUCGGUGGUUGGGAUUCUCAUCUACACGAUCGGUAUUUUCAUGGUCAUCCAGUGCAUAUUCAUCUACAUCCCCAUGACGUAUCCGCAGUACGCGGCGAGUCUGUUCGCCAGUAAUGAUUUCAUGCGCAGUGCGUUGGCGUGUGGGGCGGUGUUAUUUGCGCGGCCGUUGUAUGUCAACCUGGGGGUCGGGGCGGGGGUCAGUUUGUUGGCGGGCUUGACGGUCGGUUGUAUCGGGGGGAUGUUUGCCUUGUAUUAUUUUGGGGCUGCGUUGAGGGCGAGGAGUCGGUUUACGGCCAAGUAA